UUUCCUGAAUAAGGAAGUAAAGAGACAGUGUGUGUUUGCCUAUGGUGUUAGCAGGUCAGUUUUGUACUUUGUACAUUGUUACUGAACUGUAGUUUUAUUUUGGUGAUUUAAGUGAUUUAAGAAUUUAGCCAAAACUGUUAAAGUUCAACAUAAGCAUCACGGUUGGUUUGUACUAAAUGAGAAUGCAAAUAUAGGUAAAGUGAAAGUAGAGACUGUUAACCACACGACACAUUUGCACAGGAGCAAAUGGCUUCAAAACUGGAAGAGGAUUUCUCCUGUCCCGUGUGCUGUGACGUCUUCAAGGACCCGGUGCUCCUGUCAUGUAGCCACAGCAUGUGUGACGCCUGCCUGCAGCAGUUCUGGAAGAGCAAAGGGGCCAGAGAAUGUCCCGUCUGCAGGAGGAGGUCAUCAAGGGAGUUUCCACCCCAGAAUCUGGUUUUAAAGAACUUGUGUGAGACCUUCUUACAGGAGAGAAGUCGGAGAGCUUCAGCAGGGUCUGAGGUGCUCUGCAGUCUGCACAGUGAGAAACUCAAGCUCUUCUGUCUGGAGGAUAACCAGCCUGUGUGUGUGGUGUGUCAGGCUUCAAAGAAACACACCAACCACAAGUUCCAACCUGUAGAUGAAGCAGCAGCUGACCUUAAGGAGGAACUGAACAUUAGACUGAAAAUAUUACAGAAGAAUCUGCAGGAACUUGAUGACGCUAAACUCACCUGUGGUAAAACAGCAGAAACAAUUAAGAUUCAGGUACAGAACACAGAGAAGCAGAUCAAGGAGGAGUUUAAGAAGCUUCAUCAGUUUCUACGAGAUGAAGAGGCAGCCAGGAUAGCUGCACUGAGGGAGGAAGAGGAGCAGAAGAGUCAGAUGAUGAAGAGGCAGAUUGAGAAGAUGAGCAGAGAGAUCUCAUCUCUUUCAGACAAAAUCAGAGCCGUAGAAGAGAAGAUGGGAGCUGAUGACAUCACAUUUCUGCAGAACUACAAGAGCACAGUAGAACAUCGACCCCCUCGCAAGAGGCGCAAGCCUACAGAGGGGACCCAGUGGGUAAGUUGGCUGUAG